AUGAAGCGCAAGCAUCUUGAUAAGGAAACAGAAUUUCUUGAGAGACAAUUGUUAUCUGAGAAGCCAUGGUAUCUUAAAGGGGAAGUUGCUGCACGAGGCAGAGGGGAUAAUACUGUACUUGAGGAGCAUUUGGAAGUAAAUAGAGCUUUGGCGGAAGCACAAGAAGACCCUCUAAAAGAAGGAAUAAGACGAGAUAUUACUGAACUUAUCGCAAAUCUAGAUGCCCUCUCUAAUCUUCAUUUUACCCCUCGCCUGGUGAGAUUCGAGUUGUUUUUCUCUAAAUCAGGUACCACUAUAAACAUAUCCAAAAGAAUAGUCAGUGUUGUACACAAUUCGCUAUUUGAUGACCUAUCACAGGAAGCAGUCCCUCAGUAA